AAACACUUUGUAAAAUUAAUUUAUUUGCAUUGCAUGAGGAGUGCGCAACAGACUCCGGUGCUGUUGCCGGACGUAUUUAUGUUGAAAAUCAACAUUUUUCCUGAACCCUCCGAUUCCAGCAUCGAAAAUCCGGGCGAGGAUUUCUCGAUGCAAUGCGAUCUUUUAUUUAUCAAUUAUUUAUAGUAUAUUAAAUUGUCUUUUAUAUUUAUUUAUUGUCUCGAGCGAAAACUAAAGUAGUCUCGAGUAAAGUAACACGUUGUCACCCGCGCUACGUAGAAUGAAAUAAAACGUUGAAUUUUGUUAAUUAUAAAACAAAGGGAGUUGGACCGCACAAAUUACUUGCGUAAAAUUGUCCGUCCGCAGACUCAGCGGUAGCUUGAAAGUUUUUCGAUUCCUAUGGAUGUAGUUUACGGUUAUCAGAGUGUAAAAAAAUUUGUCACGCGCGCCACUUAUUGCAAACUGGAAAUAGCGUGUAGUAAAAAGGUAAAUUAGUUAACCCCUAUUUCGAAUAAUUAUAAUACCUCACCUCGGGUUCGGGUUUGCCGCUUUCAGCAAUGCUUUCUUCACUCUCAGCGAGAUAAUUGAAAUUUUGAUUUAUGCGCUUUUCGCUUCGGUGCUGAAAUGGUCAUAUCAUAAAACCGAACAACGAUAAUUUAACCGCCACUUUGCAAGUUGCGGUACAGACGUGAGAGGUGCAGAAGUUCAAUACUCUCAAAAAUCGUCGAUCUUAUAUUUUCUCAAAUUUUUACCCAAUAAAUGAGUCACGAUUAUAGAGAGGCUAAAGAUUUCCAGGACUUCGGUAAUAAUUUGUGACAAAAAAGAGAAAAAAAAAAUUAAAGAAAUCACCGAGCAAACAUCGGGCGGUCAAAUACCAUAUUUUUUUAGUUUGUUAUUAUCACACUUCUUUCAAAGAAUUGAUAAGGAUUAUUAUGUGCGUCCUGCGUCUCGCUGCAACGAUAUGUCCAUUUUUACCAAACAGGUAUAUGUGUGUUAUGUUGCAUUAUAUUUCUCUAAUUUUUCAUCACAUAUUUAUUCGGCAAACAAACCCUAAAAUAUAUCAUCGAAAUAAGAGUUUUUUUUUUCUUCUCUCUUAUUCCUUGGAGAUUUGAGUUUAAUUUAUUGCCCAGACUUUUUAUUGCCGAGAUUAAAAGCGUGUUUGUAAAAAACCUGACGUCACACUUUCGCGCAAUUUUCUGAUUAUCCACUAAACAAUAGGCUCGCGCACUUCGACGCGGCCGCCGCCAUAUAUAAAAGCAUGAUCUUAUAUCUAUGGUGGAGAAGGUAUUAUAUGCAUCAUGAACAAUAUGUAGGCAUAUGCACGGGAACAAAUUGAGAAUGACUUCCCGGUUUAAUUAGUAUUUUACAAUCAUUCUAUUUUUGUCUAUGAAAAUUUUCCACAUGAAAAUGUGCUUUUUCUACGUUUUUUUCUCAAAUUCGAUUUCAGUUUUGAUGAAUAAAACGUGUCGGUACCCACGAAUUGUGUAUACAUAUGCAUACACGUUAUACUCAUACAGCUAACAAGGAGAUGAGAACACAUAAGCCUGAAAUCUCGAGAUUGGAGGCCCGUUUUUUUUCUGUUUUCUUUUUUUCCUGUUUUUAUUGAAUUUUCAUAUUACAUUUUGCAGCUGAUACUCGACCUAGAAUAAGCCGCAACUUGAACUCAACCAAAAGCCAUUGAGCCUCCGUUGAGUGGUAGUGAGAUGAUGGUUGUUGCGGUUCGAGGAUUUUAAUUUCCUGCUGCCCGCCGUGCUCUGAACAACCAGCAGCAACUUCUACUCCUCAUUCUAUACCGAACACUCAUCGUAUCGCGUAUAAUAUGCCAUCCUAUAUACGUAUCACACAUAUAUACGUACGUACAACAAACACAUAUUGUACUCUGCACGAUACGCACCUAUGUAACCAAUGAAAUAAUCAUGUUUAUAAUCAACCAAAUUUGAAUGAGUUUUGGCAAUCCUUAGUUUUGUUUUACUAUUUAUAUAUAGGUAAUAUGUGCUCUCUGCGAUGAUCGUACGUAUAUAUGUACAAGUGGUGCAAUAUACAUACGCAUCAAGUCGAGCUGUGCAUUAGAAACAAUUAUAAAUCGGAUACCCCUGAUGGUGCGUGUAUAAGCCAACCAUUCCGUUUCGUUGCAUAAGAUUGGCCGGGCAUUUUAUAUAUACCUGGACAAUUAUUCCCACAUAAUACCCGCGCGCGCCCAUAAGUUGCAUUUGUAAAUGUUGACAUGAAGCAGCAGCAGCAGCAGCGGCAGCAGUAGCGGCAGCAGGUCUGCGUCCGUGAUGGUGGUUGCGGUGAGAUGGUGGUUGUGCAGUGUUUGCGCAUAACAAGGAGCGAAGGGUGGGCAUGCCUGAUUAGCCAUGCACAAUGAGGUAGGCCAUGCAACAAUAGCAUUGCCGUAAGAGCCCUUGUCGGCUCAACCCGCGGCGCAAUAAUACAGGGUGUUCGAAAAGUUAAUUUUUACCCCAACGCGAUUCAGCGUCCGCGAUUCGUAUUCGGAUCGCGGAGUGCAUAUUGCGUUGAAAAAAUUGAUGGAAAUAUACAUACAUAUGAGAGAACAACGUGAACGUAACGAACAAAGAAUAAUACGAGCACCACCAGGUUUCUGGAAAUAAGAAAUAGAAAUUUACGGUCGUUGUACGCCGCACAUACCGCAGCGGAAAAAUACGCCGUACGCACCGUUCCGCCAUUGAAUUGGAUCUCGAUGAAACAAUAAAUAAAUAAAUAAACGAAACGAAAAGAAAAAAAAUUAGCGAUUUUUUCGUUUAUCAACCAUCAUCCGACGUACACGCCAAAAUUUUCGCCAACAUCCGCGAGAGCGUCGUUGAAUACUUGUUGUGCAUGUAUACAUACAUAGGUAUACGUGUGCGUAUACAGAUAUAGUUGGAAGUGGUACACAUAGGGGCCAUCCAAAUGUUCAAUUAGCCCUGAAGUCCCUCCCCUCGGUCGUCCAAUGGGAACGCUCCGUCGGGGGUUGGGCGACGCCCACAAACUCCCCUUCCUCUGUUUUCCUCGUGGCGUCAGGCGUGGAAUUGUUGGUCUCCGGAAGAGUCACAGUCCGUAGGUGACCGCCGAACGAAUCGGUUCUCCGUGACCGCGUCUCGUAGUCGUCCGAUUUCAACGUGUUUUGAAAUAACCGUAUAUACCGUGGAUUCGUGUUCUUUUCAUUUAUCGUUAUCGCACUCCGUUUUCUACCGACAAUAAUAAAUUUACAAUACAAUCGAUCAGCUACAGAGAUCUGGGGAAAAUCCACCGUUCCGUCUUCAUUCCGUGUCCAUCAAGAUAAAGGGACGAAUUUCAUACUCCGUUGAACACUGAAAAUCGUUCGAAAGUAAUCUAGAAAAGGAUUAUUAUGACAUCCCUAUGCCAACAUUGGUCUGAUAAAAGAAUAAAAAUAAAAAGAACGGAAAUUAAUAGAAAUUAGAUAAAUUUCAACUGGUUUUAUUACGCGCGGUAAAAGAAGAAAAACGAAGAAGAGGAAAUCGUAUGAAACUAGUUAUCGCGAUAUUUCGUCGAUUGUGCAUGUAAAAUAACGAACGAUUAAUAUAUUGUACCGCGUCAAAAUCCGCACGUCAUCGCUACGGAGGAGAAUAAGAAGGAAAAAAAAAGAAAAAGGACGAGAAGGAGACUGUAAUAGUUCGAGUUGAGAAGAGGUGGAAACAAUAUCAAGAAAGAGAGUAAAGUAAAGAACGUUGAUCCGUGCGGAAUAAAAUCAAAUAAAAUAAACUAAACCCAUCAUAUAUCGUACGACAAAGCCGUGGUGUAAUUGAUGCAAGUUUGCAAAAAAGAAGAAGAAGAGGAAUCGAAUCGUUGGUUGUAUGUCGUAAAAAAAGUAAUUUGAAAAAUAACUAAAGAAACUAGUCUACCAUGCGACGCUAGAGUUCAAAAACACGUCGCAACUGACAGUUGGUAGCCGGUGGAGGAGGGGGAGGCGGAGGAGGAGUAUCAGUAUUAUAGUAUUAGUCUGACAGUAAGUAGCGGUAGGAAAGGUGUUUGAAAGUGUGAAGCUCGCCAGUUUUUGGCGCGAAAAACUCAUUCGAAUCAUACGACAAAACGAGCAUCGACGAUGACCGAGACUCCGACCACUUGUCCCACGAUGAUGUUAGCCGCCAUCCUACUCGUACUCGUCACUCAACAGAACGGGGCGCAGGCCAACUGGUGGUACUUGGGGGUUGAGCAAGGAUUGAACGUUGCGACGUCAAAAAAUGGCACCGACAAUCCGACGCAGACGAUCGGUGCCGGUGUCGUUGGACCAGCGAGUGCGGAAAAGAAUUGCAGAACGCCACAUUUGACGCCCAAACAACAGGACAUUUGCGCACAUUCGCCGCCGGUACUACAGGCAAUCAGCGCCGGAGCAAGAUUAGCGAUCGAAGAAUGCCAGCAUCAAUUUCGAUCUGCAAGAUGGAACUGUUCCGUAAAUUUGGAAACUCCUAACAACAUAUUCGGCGGUGUUAUGUCAGUCAACAGUCGAGAGGCAGCUUUCGUCUACGCGAUAUCCGCAGCAGGAGUAGCUUACAGCGUUACAAGAGCUUGCGCCCGAGGUGAAUUGAACGAUUGUUCAUGCGACGAUCGAGUGAGAACGCGACAUCCGAGGCAUUGGCAGUGGGGCGGUUGCAGCGAGGACAUUCAUUUCGGUGAAAAAUUUUCGCGGGAAUGGUCGGACGGUGGCGAGGAGCCAUUGAAGGAUGGUAAUUUGUCCGGACCGACAGGACUGGCCGGACAAUUAAUGAGAAAACACGAUAGCGAAGCUGGAAGAAGAGCGGUUCGUUCGAGGAUGCAGCGUGUUUGCAAGUGCCAUGGUAUGUCUGGUUCGUGCAGUGUUAGAGUAUGCUGGCGAAAGUUACCGCAGUUCAGAGUAGCAGGGGCGGCGUUAGCAGCCCUUCACGAGGGCGCCGCUCUCGUCAGACUCGCUCAAAGGGGCGGCCGAAGACCCGCCAGACUGAGACCAGCUCGACCCGAUCUCAAACGGCCCAAUAAAACUGAUUUGGUUUAUUUGGAAGACAGUCCGGAUUACUGCGAAAGAAACGUCACCCUGGGGAUACCAGGAACUCGUGGAAGGCUCUGCAACAGAACAUCACCUGGUUUGGAUGGCUGUCGGCUUUUGUGCUGCGGUCGUGGAUAUCAGACGAGGGUUCGUGACAUAACAGAAAAAUGUAACUGCAUAUUCGUAUGGUGUUGUCGCGUGCGAUGCGAUGACUGUCGGUACACGCGUGAAGAACACGUUUGUAACUGAAGAGGUGAACGAUGGUAUAUAUAUACAUAUAUACAGUAUUAUACGUUAAUAUCUCAUUCGAUUGAAGUUUUAUUUACAAAAUCUCAACUUUACUUGAAAAGAAGACAAAAACGGAAAACAACUUUGCCAGAAUUGUUCCGCGUAUCGUAAUGCCGCGGUAGAAGUAUAACGAUGAUUUGAAAAUUUUAUUUAUUCUUAAUUACUAAUCAAACGAAUCGGACUCCGUAUGAGAAUUUUCAAUCUAUAAAGAUUUCGAAGUUUGUAGAUAAAUGCUAUGCCAAUUCUCGGUAGUGAUAAGAUGUUUGAAAUUAUCCAUUGUAAGUCGAACAGGAAUCCGUUUAGCGCUCAACUCGAAGAAUAUUUCAGUCUAUCACUUUCACCGUGUAUACAAAAUCAAAUUGUUGAAAACAUUGAACAAAAAAAAAAAUUAGAAGAAGAAUAUUAUAAUGCAGAAUAUCAGUAUAUUGCAUUUCAGAAUUCAACGAAGUUUUUUCUUCCCAAAACUUGGAAGAGAAUUUUAUUUUCAUCGAUGAGAAUGCAAGUCCUUUUUCUAUACAAAAAAAUCUUAUCGAUGUGGAGGGCAUUGAAUGAUUAUAAUGUUGAAAAUUUGAACCUUGAAAGCAAAAUUGAUGAAGGUCUGCUGUAAUAAUAUUAUUUUUUCCAAAGCAAAACGUUUGUUCUAGGUAUUUAUAAGUGGUAAUAAUUAUAACUAUUAGUUACGGUAGCUGCAGAUAAAAAUGUCCGAAAAAUUAAGAAAGAUUUUUUUUUUUUUUCUUUUUACUCUAGUAGAAUAUAUUAUACAAUAACUAAGUCCUGCAGCGCCGAGUCUAUGUAAGGCUACCAGAGGCUAUGCUAUUAUAUGUGCGAGGUGUUUACAAAAUAAUAUUUAUAAUUUAUAUUUCCAAACGAAAAGAAGAAAGAAAGAGCGGAAGAGAAUUAGGAAAAAAAAGCGAAAAAAACAAAAAAAUAUGCUGUGUGAAUGCAUAAAAACGCGAAUAAAUGUUGUUCAAAUUCUUUAAUUUUUCAUAUCUUAUACAUACACUACAUAGGUAUAUUAUGACUUUCGGAUCAUACAUAUAUAUAUUAUAUAUAUUUAAUAAAUCGCUCUAAAAUUAAGGUAUCAAGAUGCCAAUGCUCUCUAGCGAGUAGGAUUUACGUAAGUACGCCUGACAGUACUUAAAAAAAAAAAUUAUAAUAGAAUAGAAUAAUUAAAUAAAAAGGAAAAAAAAUAUCGGAAAAAAAAAAACAAGUAAAAUGAAAUACAAAUACGAUAGACUAAUACAGACAGCUUAUUGUUAUUAAUCUACAACACGUUAGUUGAUCAAUCAACUAAUUUACUAAAACGUAACGAUCGAAUAUACAUUUCGAAUCAGCCAAGUAAUGAAAGUUGAAACACUAGCUCUUUCACGUAACAAUUGUUACGACAAGAUUCUUAACACAAUUUCUGUGAUACUUAGAAAAGAAAGACCACAUUUUCUUUUGAUAAUUAAUUAAAAAAACUAAACUAAUAUAAAAACACACCUAGCCACAGGUGUCCGUCGAUAGUGGUAAUAAUGAUGAUAACAUCGUAAGCUCUCUGUAUUAUUCUGUUGUUAAAAAUUCUGCCAAUGAAUGUACAUAUACUUUUUUACUAUAUAGAUUAUUGUGUAUAUAUAUUUCAAAUUUCCUUUUUCGUUAUUUUUUAUUUCUAUCUCCAUCUUUUUUUUUUUUUAUUAUUAUACACAUCAUUUUCCAGUGAAAUUCAUUUAAGCUGUUAUUAUAUUUAAUGAUCGGUAAGAAUUGGUAUUAUAUACAUGUAUAGGUACACAUACGUAUAUACAGUGCGAUUUUGGUGAAAAACGGGUUGCGAUCAACGCAUGCGUCGAAAUAUUCGAAUUUCUCGAUCUACGAGCGAACCCGAGCUGCGCUGGAGUCAGCGUAGCCACAGGCGUAGACGUCUUGUUGUGAUCUACAGUCCUCAAGGUGACACCUCGCAACAAAGCGCCUACGCUGCUGGCUACGCCGAUUCCAGCUCAGUUCGGGCUCGCUCGUUGGACGAGAAAUUUGAAUAUUGCGACGCAUGCGUUGAUCAGCAACCCGUUUCACCAGAAUCGCACGGUAUACUAUAUAUAUUCAUAUAAAUAUAAAUUAUAUAUAUUAUAAAUAUAAAUAUUAUAAAUUAACGUAAUAGUUACCUCUCUCCAUUUAAUGGAAGUCUUCGAUAAAGCUCGCUUUAAGGUUAUUUACUAUAUUUAUCUCGUCAUUGCUUAUAGUGACGUUCUUUUUUAUUAUUGUUAUUAUUGUUUUUUUUUUUUAUUAUUAUACAAAAAUAUCAAUUUUUUUCGACAAUUUUGUGAC